AUGGCCACGAGCGAACAAACACCUUUUCGGAAAGCGGCAUCGCUCGAUGACGAGGGGUUUGAGAAGGAAGUAAAAGAUUUGCUUGGCGGAAAAGAAGUCACCCUAGAUAAAGAAAGAUUCGACGUGUCUAAGCGAUAUCUCGAUGCGAAAACAGCCUGCGCAGUCCUCAUCCACGAAAAUGGCCCAGCCGGAGUGGUUCAUACCCGCAAUGGAGCAAGUAAAGUCGAAAUACUUCCCACAGGCCCGACUGCAGGAAACGGUUUCAGAAUUGUCAUUUUGGGUGAAACACAGACUUGCCUAUUCUAUGGACAGCCCUCCGUUCGCUGUUUCCACGUUUGCGAGGACUGA